AGUUCGUUUCCUUCCCUUCCACCACCACCACUCAGUCCCUCUCCCAAAAAAUGGCCACAGCCAAGAAGGGGAAGACCCCCGCAGAGUUCGGCAUUGAUUUCUUGAUGGGUGGUGUCUCCGCUGCUGUUGCGAAGACAUCCGCUGCCCCCAUCGAGCGUAUCAAGCUGUUGGUUCAAAACCAGGAUGAGAUGAUCAAGCAAGGUCGUCUCGCCACACCAUACAAGGGUGUUGUGGACUGCUUCCGUCGUACCUACGCCGACGAGGGUCUUCUCUCUCUCUGGCGUGGUAACACCGCCAACGUCAUUCGUUACUUCCCCACCCAGGCCCUCAACUUCGCUUUCAAGGACUACUUCAAGUCCUUGUUCGGUUUCAAGAAGGAGGCUGGCUACUGGAAGUGGUUCGCUGGUAACGUCGCGUCUGGUGGUGCUGCCGGUGCUACGUCCCUUCUCUUCGUCUACUCGCUCGAUUACGCCCGUACCCGUCUCGCCAACGAUGCCAAGUCAACAAAGGGUGGAGGAGCCCGUCAAUUCAACGGUCUCGUAGACGUCUACAAGAAGACCCUCGCUACCGAUGGUAUUGCUGGUCUUUACCGUGGUUUCGUUCCUUCAGUCAUGGGUAUCAUCGUCUACCGUGGUCUCUACUUCGGUGUCUACGACUCCCUCAAGGCCACCGUCCUCACUGGUGCUCUCCAGGGUUCGUUCCUCGCCUCGUUCGCUCUCGGUUGGGGUGUUACCGUUGGUGCUGGUCUUGCUUCCUACCCUCUGGACACCAUCCGUCGUCGUAUGAUGAUGACCUCCGGUGGUUCCGGCCCGCAUUACAAGAACAUGUUGGAUGCUGGUGCUCAGAUCGUCGCCAAGGAGGGUACCAAGUCGCUCUUCAAGGGUGCUGGUGCCAACAUUCUCCGUGGUGUUGCUGGUGCUGGUGUGUUGUCGCUCUACGACAAGCUCCAGGAGAUCAUGUUCGGCAAGGUCUACUCCGGUGGAUCUGGCUGAUCGUAUUGAGUGGUUGGAUUCUCGGGGGCUCGCCAUCUUCAUUACAUGGGUUACGACCUUUUCUCUUAAUAGACUCGUUGAUUAUAUUCCUAUUCUUGUCUUCUGUUUGGCUGGAUAGAUCAUACAGCGAUUUAUUAAGAAUUCGAAGUAACAUGCAUUCGAAAGUAUACCC